UGACAGAAUGAUGCACUUAACUGUGCGACAAAGUGAUCCAUUAAAAUGCAAUUAUGAUGUGGUUAUUAUGUCCCAAAACUUGCCUAUUAUUCUGCUACAAACUCAAAAGUAUGUACUUUUUUCUUCACAAAAAGAGUACAUAUUUUUAGGGCAUAGUUUUAAGUAGGUGAAUGAUGAUGCAUCAACAUUGUUUUACAUAAAACUCGAUAAAGAAUAUAUAAAACAUACAUACAUAAAACUCAUAAAAAUUUGUUCCUUUUGUCUGUGUAUCUUCAGGAGUCAGUGGCUUUGCAGGGUAAAGGUGUGUCUCAAGAACACUGGGUCCAGUUGCAUGGCCAUCUGCAACACUGCCAGCAAGAGAUCCAGCAAAGAGAUUUUAGCCUCCAACAACUCAACAUCAAGUUGCAACAGGCAAUUGAGGAAAAGGAAGGGGUGUCCUCCCAGUUAAGCACCGUUUCCAAAAUGCUCAGAGACUCACAGCAGACUGUUAGUGAGCUCCAGAAUCGCUGCUAUUGGCUACAGAGAGAAUUUCAAAACCAGUAUUCACCCACACAGGCUUCAGUCUACACAGAAGUUCCUCCAGGAGCCCCUCAGGAACCAAUCAGUGCCAGUUUUAACCCAAGUGGUUCAGACAGCGGAGAUCUCCGGAUGAGGCUGGCUGAGGCCGAGUUCCAUCUGUCUCAGUUAAACUCUAGAUUAGAGGAGGAGAGAUCAAGGAGAGAGGUUGCAGAGGAAGCCAUGCGGUUGACGGAACAGAGAGUUAAGAGGUACAAGAGCAUGGAGUCAAACCAAUCAUGGCAUUCUCAAAGGGACUGUAGUAUUCAGCUAGAAAAAGAUGAGGAAAAGUAUGAAGAUCAUGUUCUUCACCCAAGCCGACAGCCGUUUAUGCACAAGAUGAAGAGUGGGGUUCAAUUGUGCCAGCGUUGGCUCAAAGGAAGGAGCAUAUACUGCUGUUCCAAACUACUGCCAUCCAGGGGGAAGUCACGCUACAUAUUCAUGGGCUACCUUCUUAUGCUCAUGUGUUGGUUUUCGUGUGCCUCAGUUGGUCCCUUUAGAAAACAAUUAUCAUCAAAAUCACAUGUGCACAAAUAGAAGAUCUGCAAAAAAAAAAAAUAAUAAUAAUAAUUGGUGUGGGCGGUGUAAGAGAAAGGCCCACAGUCCAGGUGCUUCCUCUUACUGUGAUGCAUGAAAUAAUGUUCCCUUUAGUUGCUCACUCAAAUGGUGUAAAGCAGAAUGGUGAACUGUGACAACUUUUCUGAUACAUCAGCUUGAUCUGAAAUUUACUGUCAUACUGGUUUUCAUAUAGACUUCAACACCAGAAUUCAUAACACAGAGACCUUGUGUAUUGGCAGGUACACAGAUGGCCAUUAGAGUGUAGAUUAUCUGAUGUAAUUGCUAUGCACUGAAAUCUUAAGUUUAGUUAAGCAAUUAUGUCUUUCACAUUUUACCAUCAAAUAAACCGAAGAUGAAUGUCUUGUUUGUCUGCACUGGAAAUGAACGUGAUAAUAAUAAUAAUUUAAUUGUUGUAUGUUUACAGAGAGAAUAUUGAAUUAAUGUGUAAACUUUUAGAAGUUAUAAGCAAGCAAACUAAAAUUGUGAGAAGGUUUCCUAUGAAUCUGAUUACAAUGUAGAAACACUGGAAUUAAAACUAGUUUUGGAAUUAAAAUUGUGGUUUUAGAAUUAAAGCAAAAUUAUGGUUUCCUUUGAAGGUUGAUGGUUUCUGUUGAAUUUACUUAUAGUAUGGAACUCUCUGAAAUGUUUGCUUGUAGAGCCAUAAAGUUAUAUUAUUGUGUAAUGUAGUUACACUACCUGUUGUGCAACACUGUAUAUUUGUAUAUGGGGUGUGAUACAAGAAAAAGAGUGAAUCUUUGUUGAAUUAAACUACUGUGACCUACUGUA